AUGGGGAAAGAUCAAGAAAUGGGGAAAGAUCAAGAAAAAGCAUGGAUACCAGGUGUUGCCCCGAAGAAAAUGCUAUCCGAAUUUCAUCAAGGCCUUCAAUCACUCGGAUUUGAUCAAGAUUUGUACAUUUUACACGAAAUUGCACUCGAUCCAGCUUUUAAAAUAGAAGACCUUCCACAAAAUCCAAUCGCGGCUGUCGUUGAAGCCGAAUUAAAACGAGCAUAUUGGGAUAUUCUAAAAGAAGAACUUCAAAAAGAACCUCCAAUAUUUGAACAUGCUUUCAAAGUAUUAUUGGAAGUAAAAGAGUUUGCUCGAAAUAAGAUCAUUUUCCGGACGAGUACAGGCCCGGGAGCACAAGCAAUUAUGCGACAAUUGGACUCAGUGAUUGAUGAGAAUACCCUCAGAAAUCAUAUCGAACAAGGAGUUUUUGAUUUUAGAGUUGUUUUGAGAAAUGUUUGUGAAAUUCUCGCAAAACUUUGCUCGCCUGCAAGAGAUCCUGAUGUCGAGAAAUUACGGAAAGAAGACGAUAUGUUCACAGCAUUGAAGAGCACAUUCACAUUGAUGGAGAAUAUCGAACGAGAUAUCACCAAUUUCUUUAUCGGUAUCGGUCAUCCGGAUCUCGUCAAACAAACGAGAAACAAAGAAUUGCAGCAUUAUUUGGCGAGAAGAGUGCAAACUGGUGAUUCUGGUGUUCGACAAUGGUUGAAAAUUUCAAUGGAUGAAUGUGCUCGACCAUCGAUUUCUGCCGAAGAUCUUUCGAGCAGUCCUGGUUCUCGUUCUCCAUCAUCAAAGCGUCUUUUCGAAGAUCCUUCAGAAAAAAUGCGACGGAUUACAAGUCGUGGAUAUGUCAGAUUAAUCAACUCCGAAACGCCUUUCCCAUUCCCGGAAACGAUGAAGAUUGACUCGAUGAAGCUUGCCGCUUUCGCCGAAAAAUUUCUCCAAUUGACAAUAUGCACGGGAAGUAUUUGGAUCACAAUCGAUGUGGCUGGGAAAGAAUUCUCGAAAAGUUGUGGGGAAAUUCUGAAAAAUAAUCUUAUCAUCAUUUCGAAUGACAUUGAAGAAAGUAAAAUCGCGUUAGUGGUCGAGCAAUUGGCUGAAGAAUGUGUGAAGAAAGUGGAGGAAUGGAUGAGAAAUGAAAAGAGAAAUGAUUUCAAUGAGAAAUCGGAAACAAUUCGGAAACAGGUAAUCGAUUUGAAGCGAGCAGAUCAUCCGGUUCGGAAAUUGAUUCAUGAUCGAGUGGGCCGUUUAGUUGAGGCGAUUCUUUCAGGGACAUGGAAUAAAGAAUUUCCCUCAAUGCUUCUUCCUGUUCAACUCCAACUAACAGCUUUUGCUUUGAAAUUCGCGAAAUUGUGUACAUAUAAUAGAGAAACAUUCAACGGUGUCUACAUCGAUUUGAUCAGAGAGCUUGAAGAAGCGGCUCAACAAUCAACGAGUGCUGCAAAU